GCCACUACACCAUGUGCUGGUUGGAGUAGCCGUAAUUCACAAUGUCUUUACAAAGGUUCAUGCAACAGAGCAGCCGGGGCGAUUUGGUGGACUUCUGUGCUGGUGCGGCAUAUGGCUCUUACUCCACACUCACAGGCACAUUGACGAUGGAAGAUAAUAGACGGCUCCAGAUACUGGCAGACACUGUCGCUACUUUGCCUCGGGGACGGAAGCAGCUUGCUUUGACCAGAUCAAGUUCUUUGGGUGAAUUUUCCUGGUCUCAAAGAAAGCUUGUUACUGUGGAAAAGCAGGACAAUGAAACAUUUGGAUUUGAAAUUCAGGUGGGCAGAAUUUCUAAUCUUCCAGACUUCCAAGGAAGAGAGUGACACUAACAAUGUCCAUGAUAUUUGCAAAGAUUAAUAAAAUUAGGAUAGGAUUAGAGACUGAUGGAGAUUGUUUUAUUCAGGGUAUAGUUGUUCUUGGUAGUUCUGCAGUAUGUUCAGUACUAUCAAGGAAAGAAAACAUUGAAGCUGAUAAAAUAUUACUCCUGAGAUAUGCUCAGCUCUUUCUACUGAGUUGUUUCAGUUUUCUUUAGGUACAAAACCGAUCAGAAAUGCUUGAUAGCAGCUAGAUCUUAAAUAAAAGAGUGAAAUAUGUUUACAGAUGUGCAUUUUGCAUAUUUUCAUUUUUGAUGUGUUGUGCAUAAGCAUAUUCUUAUAUUUUCUAUCAGAUUCUAAAUCUUUACUUUGGUAUUUAAGAAAUACU